UACCAACCAUGACGACCAAACGAAAAAGUUUUUUGAUGUGACCGUUGACGUGAAGACUGUUUUUCUUGAUUUGUAUUGUUUAUGAUUAGUGUAUUAUUUAAUUUAUUAUUGAUUUGCAGAACGUUAAAUUAGAAAUAUUUGUUCGAUCUUACGAAAUUAUCGUGCUUGUAGUAAUGAUGUGCUUUUAUGUGAACGAUUAGGACAAUGAUGUUACCUAACCUCAAAGCCUCCACAGUAAAAGAGUAAUAUUUUGAUUUAAAACUCAAGGGAAAUGUACUUUAUGCCCUGAAAAUGUACUUUUUUCAAAGAUUGGCAGUCAUUUUAUUUCCAAUGUUUCUUACUUGAUAUAGUCCUAAGGAACGAAAAAUACUUCAAAAUGGAAAAGAACUUGCCAACGACUCCGAAAGCUAAGCUCAAAACCAAAAGGCUAGUUUCAACGCCUGAGCGCGGCAAUGCAUUUAGUCAAAGUUCUGCAACGAGCGUUCGACAUGCUCCUCGCCACAGAUCUGCUGCAAGUAUGCAUGACAUGUCUCUAAAUAUAUCUUCAGCUUCUGCUGUAAAGAAGAAACUAGGAGGAAGUAGAUCGUCUCUAGUGUCAUCAAAUCUAGGACCUUCUUUUGGUUCAAAAAAAUCUGAAGUUGAUAACGCAGAAACAGAAUUAGGCUUCCUUUACGAUAAUUACCUGCAGACCCUUAUGACGGACGUUUUACUGAAGAAAAAAGCGCAUGAAAAGGAAAACAAAAUAUUAAAUCAGCUGGGAUCGAUAAACAAGGAACAAGACUUGGGAAACGAGAAGCUGGCGAAAAUGAAAGCCAGGGAAAAGGACAUUCGAUAUUUGUCAAUUCUGCAAAAUACUCUCGAUAUGCUCGUUACGGAAAUUCGAUCUAAUAUUGAGGAUUUAAACAACUCUUCCGUGAACGAUGAACUACAAAAGUUGAAAAUCCAUCUGGAACCCUUCGAUUUAUUAAGAUGCCAGGGAAUCGAACUUCCUAAAGCGCCCAUCGAACAGCAAAAGUUUCAAGAAAUUCUAAAACAGUGUUUCAAAUCUCUGCAGGAAGUGAGUGAGUCAGUUAAAGACAAGAGCGAGAAUCUUCAGAAAGUUAAAUCAGGAUUGAAAGAGUCUAUCGAGACUCAAAAAAAAAUCGAGAGUCUUCACAAAAACCUUCAAACUAAAGUGAACACUCUCCAGAAUGUGGUUUUAAAAAUGGCUUCACAGUCUCUUUCGGAAGCUAUGUCCUGAUUUGUAAAUAUUACUAGUGUAUUUAUUCGCUGAUUCUCAAUCGCUAUGUUUAUUCCUUCGAAAGCGAUCGUAUCAUAGUUUUCGGGUAAGGAAUAUAUAUUUUUUAUUUUGUGAUAAAGAACCUCGUUCAUCUGGAAACUUAUUUAUAGCGUAUCAAUUGUAGAAGGAAAAGUCUGAAAAUGUGUAUAUUUUGAAACUGAAGAGACAAUACAAUCUUUUCGAUAAA